GUGAGGGCGGCUUGGGGCGGUCCGAUGCGGCGGCGGGCAGGAUGCACCAGAAGCUGCUGCGCAGCGCGCACUACAUCGAGCUGGGCAGCUACCAGUACUGGCCGGUGCUGGUGCCCCGCGGCAUCCGGCUCUACACGUACGAGCAGAUCCCGGUGUUCCUGAAGGACAACCCCUACAUCACCGAUGGAUACCGCGCCUACCUGCCCUCCCGCCUCUGCAUCAAGAGUCUCUUCAUCCUCUCCAACGAGACCGUCAACAUCUGGAGCCACCUGUUCGGCUUCCUGCUCUUUUUCACGCUGGGCAUCUACGACCUGACGGCCGUGCUGCCCGCGGCCGGCGCCUCCCGCGAGGACUUCGUCAUCUGCUCCGUCUGCCUCUUCUGCUUCCAGGUCUGUAUGCUUUGCUCAGUAGGAUAUCACCUGUUCUGCUGCCACCGCUCUGAGAAGACCAGCCGGCGCUGGAUGGCCCUGGAUUAUGCGGGAAUUUCCAUUGGGAUCCUGGGCUGCUACGUGUCAGGCGUGUUCUAUGCCUUCUACUGCAGUAACUACUGGCGCCAGGUGUAUUUGAUCACUGUGCUGGCCAUGAUCCUGGCGGUGUUUUUUGCCCAGAUCCACCCCAGUUACCUCACACAGCAGUGGCACAGGCUGCGCUCCGUCAUCUUCUGCUCCGUGUCUGGCUACGGAAUUAUUCCCACCAUCCACUGGGUUUGGCUCAAUGGCGGCAUUGGUGCAUCCAUUGUACAGGAGUUUGCUCCACGGGUAUUUGUCAUGUACUUCAUCGCUGCUGUAGCUUUUCUCUUCUAUAUUUCCAAAGUACCAGAAAGAUACUUUCCAGGCCAGCUGAACUACCUCGGCUCGAGCCACCAGGUGUGGCACAUCCUGGCAGUGGUGAUGCUGUACUGGUGGCACCAGUCCACAGUGUACAUCAUGCAGUACCGACACAGCAAGCCCUGCCCCGAGUACAGCGCGGAUUUGUGAGUCAAGAGGCAGCAUGAGGGGGUGUGUGACUCUGAGGGUCUGGACCUCAUGUGAUGAGCUGUGCUAUCGAGGACUGAGGCAGUUCCUUUGCUGACUCCUGGACUGCGUCCCCUUGCUGGGACAAAGUGUUACUGCAAGCUUUGCUAAACACAGCGGCACGGCCUGGGAUCUGAGGGGCGUUCCCUUCUCAGCCAGUUCAAGCUCUGCAGUCAAGUACCAAGCGGCUCUUCCUGGAGUGGCACAGCAGGAGGCUGAGCUGACUUGGCAUGCAGGUCCCAGCAGGAGGUUCUGGUGCCAGGCACACACCAGCAGCUCAGCCAAGGGUACUCAGGCCUGAGUUACCAGGUGGUGCACACAGGUGGUGUGCACAAUUAGGAAUACACUUCUGACAGUGUGCCUGUAAAAUUGCAGGAACUGUGGGAGCCAGUGCUGGAUCCGGAGCACAGCCCCACGGGCUGUGCCUCCUUGGGCCUUGGCGUGGAACAUGUGCUUAGGCUUGAGCAUGGGCACAGGAACGUAUGAACUGGAACGCAAUGGAUUUUGUGUCCUGCUCUGGACAAGUUCUUUGUCAUUCCCCGGGGAGAUAGGAUCACAUGACAUCCAGCACACCAAGUUCUCCAUUGCAGACCUUAGAAAUAGCCUCCCCCCAAGGGGUGUCGUGCCAUUGCUUGAAGGAAUCGCUCCAGCCAGUAAUCUGGAAUCGGUAUUCCAAACUAUGCCAGGAGUAGCACGAAGCCUGUGUGUCUGCGGUUGUUGCCGUUUCACAUCAGUGAACCUGCUGGGGAUGCAACUUCCUGACCUUCGGCCUUUCCCUGCGUGCAGCAGAACACUGCAUGCACAGACACUGCUGUCCAAAAGGCCUUGCUGCCACAGCCCUGCCACACUGCGAAAGCUGGCUGAAGUUUUAGCAGAUCUUGUGGAACUAUCUCUUAUUAAAUGAACACCAAGGAGCCAUGAAAUACCCUGAUUAUUGCAUAGCUGCAGCCCAACACAAGCUCCGGGGCUGCCAGUCUUCCAAAGAGCAUUGAAAUCCUAUGGGCUCGUGGGUGGCUAUUGGCUAAGGAUGCUGUCAGGACUGAUCCUAAGUGACACUGUCCUUGUGGAGAGUGACUUGCUAAGGGCACGCCGGCUCUUGGUAGUUGCACAAAGCUGUGUCUCCCUGGGUUAAGGCAGAGGAGCUGCACUUGUUUUCUGGUCUGGGUGUGCCACAGAGACAUAAUGGAGUGGAUGCUUAGACAGGCACCUGAACUCCUCAGGCAUGAAGAAGGCAGGAUACAAACUCCUCUGGAUGUAGUGGACAGGGAUGUGGUGUGUUUAGGUCCGAGGGUGGUUCUGGUGCUUUUCUGUUUUGUUUGUUCUUAUUUUUUCAACUCCAGAAACUGGUAAUGGCAAAACUGAUUCUGCAUUAGUGAUUCAGCUCCCAGAGCUUUACGGCUUUGAGUGUAAACACUUAUUUUUUAAUGAUUUUUUAAAACUUGACAGCCACCCAAGUUUCAAGUGCACUAAUUACUACUACUGAAGCCUGACAAGGAACUUGCAAGUACAAAAGUUUGUUUCCAGUGUUAUGUGUACAGUAAUACCUGAAGAAGAUGUGCUCUGAAAUAAUACUGACUUUAGCACUCGCUAAUGUAUUUUUCUAAUGGCAACUCUUAACUACUCCUGCAGUUUUCACCAGAUAAGGAAACUGAUGGCCAAGCUGUGCAUUUUUACCUGACACAAUUUAUCAAGCUGCAUGAUGGUCUUUGAUGUACAUACUGAACCUAUAAAUAAAUUCCAGUUCAUUGGCUUU